UGGUAUUUCACUAUUAACCUAUUUAUUUAUAUUAAAAGAUGAAUAAUUUUUCAUUAUCAUUACUUAGAAAUAAUGAUCUAACUACUAAAACUACUUAUAUGAAUAUUAGUAGUUCUCAUCUAUAUGAUAAUUAUACUUAUUCAUGUAUUGAUCAUUAUCAAUGGUUAGAAUUAUUUCAUCAAUAUUAUCAACGUAUACAUGUUUAUUUAUGUUUAAUAUUAUGUCCAAUUGGUGUUAUAGCUAAUACAUUAAAUGUAAUUGUAUUAUGUCAAACACGUUUACGUAAUCCAACAAAUUUAUUAUUAACUGUAUUAGCUGUUAGUGAUGGUUUUGUAAUGUUUAUUUAUAUUAUAUUUGAUUAUUUUUAUUUAAUGACACCAAGAUUAAUUAUUGGUAUGUCGAAAUCAUAUGCUCAAUUAUUAUUAAUUAAUAUUGUAUUACAAAAUUUAUUUCAUACAUUCUCUGCAUGGAUUAUAGUUGCUGUAGCUAUAUUUCGUUUAAUUUAUAUUAAAACUGGUGUUCGAGCUGCUAUUUAUUGUAAUAUGUUUAAAGCAUGGAUUGUUAUUAUCAUAGUAUUAAUUAGUUCUAUAUUAUUAACUAUACCAUUUAUGAUUGCACAUCAAGUACGUAUUAAAACAAAUGAUCAUUUAUUAUUGAUCAAUUAUCAGAAUAUAAUCAAUAAUCAAUCAGAUACAAUUAGAUUCAAUCAUUCUAAUAAUAUAAUUAAUAAUCAAUCAGAUACAAUGAUAUUAUAUGAAGUUGAUUAUACAACUAAUAUAAAUUUAAGAAUAAUAUUAUUUUGGAAUUCAGCUAUACUUGUUAAAGCAUUACCAAUAUUAAUUAUGACAACAGUAAGUACAGCAUUAAUAUUAUCUAUAAGAGAAUCAGAGAAACGUUAUCGUAUAUUAAGAAGAUAUCAUCAUUGUAAAAAUUUUCAAAUGACAAUAGAAACUACACGGGUUGAAAGUUUUAUUCAUAAUAAUAAUAAUAAUAAUAAUAAUAAUAAUAAUAAUAAUAAUAAUGAGGAUAAUGAUAAAUCAAUGACAGUACAACGUUCAAAACACAAAUCCAGUUCACAUCCUGAAACGUAUUCUGGUGGACGUAGUGCAAAUCAAACUACAUAUAUGUUACUUACUAUUAUUAUGUUAUAUAUAUUUACAUAUUUACCACAAUCUGCAUUGUUAAUAUUAAACAAUUUUCAAGGUGGAUGUUUCAGUGCAACGGUUUAUGAAAGAUUAGGCGAUUUCUUGGAUUUUUUAACAUUAAUUAAUAAUGGAUUAAAUUUUAUUUUAUAUUGUGUUAUGUCAAGACAAUUUCGAUAUACAUUUUUACAAUUAUUUUGCCCAUUUCUCAAUUUAUAAGAUGCUUAUAAUGAAAAUGAUUAGGAAAAUGAUUGUAUAUAUACA